CCGAAAAUGGAGGUCAAAGGUUACAAACAAAAUGGCUGAACUUACUGGGAGAGGAUUCUCAUUGCUCUGAACUUUCGAGAAAACGGGAUCUCUUUUUAUAUUUUGAUAUGGAUCGUUUGACUACAUUGUCUCAUUGAAUCCAACUCAUUAUCCCAUAAUUGAAUGCAUCACGGAAUUAUUUCAAUGUGACUUGGACAGAAGACAAUGCACACUGACGUGUUACACCGCUAGCUAGCGUUUUUGCUAGCCGUCUCGUGACAUUCAUUGUGGGAUAUUUACCUGCACAUCGCUAAAACAGCAGGUUUACUGAUAGAGGCGAAGUGUCUAUAUUCUCAUUGUCAAUCGAUAGUAGACCAACAAUAAUUAGAAUGCAAGGAAGAGUCAAAUAUGAAUGCUUAUAGCCUGUGUUUAGCCAGCAAGCAAGCACAGCUGUAUAAGAAAGUGGAUGUACUAUAGCUAGACUACUCGUGAGACAUGUUUUAAACGAAACAAGACAACGAUGAACAGAAAGAAAGAUAAAGGAUUUGAGAGCCCACGGCCUUUUAAAUUGACCCAUCAGGUGGUGUGCAUCAACAACAUUAACUUCCAGAGGAAAUCUGUAAUCGGUUAUGUGGAGCUGACCAUCUUCCCUACAGUGGUGAACCUGAAUCGCAUCAAACUUAACAGUAAACAAUGCAGGAUCUACAGAGUGAGAGUCAACGACUUGGAGGCUCCCUUCAUCUAUAAUGACCCCACCUUGGAGGUCUGCCAUCAUGAGUCCAAGCAGCGGAACCUGAACUACUUUUCCAGUGCCUACACUGCUGCAGUGAGCGCUGUGGACCCAGACGCAGGUCACGGGGAGCUGGUCAUCAAGGUUCCCUCAGAGCUGUGGAAGCAGGGAGACGAGAUGAAUGUCCUCAAGGUGUACAUUGAGUUUUCCCUGGACCAGCCCAAGGGAGGGUUGCACUUUGUAGUGCCUGACGUAGAGGGCAGCAUGGCUGAGAGAGGAGCACACGUCUUCUCAUUUGGCUACCAGAACUCCACCAGGUUUUGGUUCCCUUGCGUGGAUUCAUACUCAGAGCUGUGCACUUGGAAGCUGGAGUUCACAGUGGACGCCUCCAUGGUGGCUGUGUCAUGUGGCGACCUGGUGGAGACGAUCUACACCCACGACAUGAGGAAAAAGACCUUCCAUUACGUGCUGCCCAUCCCCACUGCUGCCCCCAACAUCUCACUGGCCGUGGGGCCCUUCGAGAUCCUCGUGGACCCCUACAUGCACGAGGUGACCCACUUCUGCCUGCCCCAGCUCCUGCCGUUGCUGAAACACUCCAUGUCGUUCCUCCAUGAGAUCUUUGAGUUCUAUGAGGAGAUCCUCACCUGCCGCUACCCCUAUGCCUGCUUCAAGACCGUGUUUGUGGAUGAGGCUUAUGUGGAGGUUUCCUCCUAUGCUUCCAUGAGUAUCUUCAGCACCAACCUGCUCCAUAGUGGCAUGAUCAUCGACCAAACCCCCCUGACACGGAGCUGUCUGGCCCAGGCUCUGGCCCAGCAGUUCUUCGGCUGCUUCAUCUCACGCAUGUCCUGGGCCGACGAGUGGGUUUUGAAGGGGAUCUCAGGAUACAUCUAUGGCCUUUAUCUGAAGAAAACCUUCGGAGUUAACGAGUACCGACACUGGAUCAAAGAGGAACUGGACAACAUCGUGGAGUACGAGCUGAAGAUGGGAGGUGUCCUGCUCCACCCAACCUUCAGUGGUGGCAAGGAGAAAGACAACCCUACUCCACACCUCCACUUCUCCAUCAAGCACCCACACACCCUGUCAUGGGAAUACUACAAGAUGUUCCAGUGCAAAGCCCACCUGGUCAUGAGACUCAUAGAGAACAGGAUCAGCAUGGAGUUCAUGCUACAGGUGUUUAACAAGCUCUUGAGUCUGGCCAGCACAGCAUCCUCCCAGAAGUACCAGUCUCACAUGUGGAGCCAGAUGCUGGUCUCCACCCACGGCUUCCUCAAGUCCAUCUCCAACGUCUCCGGCAAAGACAUAGGCCCCCUCAUUAAGCAGUGGGUAGACCAGAGUGCAGUGGUGAAGUUCUUUGGCAGUUUUGCUUUCAACAGGAAAAGGAAUGUUCUGGAAUUGGAGAUCCGUCAGGACUACACCUCCUCAGGAACACAGAAAUAUGUGGGUCCCAUCAAGGUGACGGUGCAGGAGCUGGAUGGCUCGUUCAACCACACUCUCCAAAUCGAAGAGAACAGCCUCAAACAUGACAUCCCCUGUCACUCCAAGAGCAGACGAAACAAGAAGAAAAAGAUUCCUUUGAUGAACGGCGAGGAGGUUGACAUGGACCUCUCGGCCAUGGACGCCGACUCACCACUGCUGUGGAUCAGGAUCGACCCUGACAUGUCCAUCCUGCGCAAGGUGGAGUUUGAGCAGGCAGACUUCAUGUGGCAGUACCAGCUGCGUUACGAGCGGGACGUGGUGGCGCAGGAGGAGGCCAUUUCAGCACUGGAGAAGUUCCCCACGCCAGCCUCACGCCUUGCCCUCACAGACAUCCUGGAGCACGAGCAGUGCUUCUACAAAGUCCGCAUGCAGGCCUGCUUCUGCCUCGCAAAAAUCGCCAAUUCCAUGAUGAGCACGUGGACGGGUCCCCCAGCCAUGAAGUCUCUGUUCACCAGGAUGUUCUGCUGCAAGAGCUGCCCCAACAUCAUCAAGACCAACAACUUCAUGAACUUUCAGAGCUACUUCCUGCAGAAGACCAUGCCAGUUGCCAUGGCGUUGCUGAGAGACAUCCAGAACCUGUGUCCCAAAGACGUGCUGAACUUCAUUCUGGACCUCAUCAAGUACAACGACAACAGGAAGAACAAGUUCUCUGAUAACUUCUACCGCGCUGAGUUGAUCGACGCUCUGACCAACUCCCUGACCCCAGCCAUCAGCAUCAGCAACGAGGUGCGCACGGUGGACAACCUGAACGCGGACGUGCGCAACAUCCUGGAGGAGAUCACACGCUUCCUGAACAUGGAGAAGCUGCUGCCCAGCUACCGCAACACCAUCACCGUCAGUUGUCUCAGAGCCAUCCGGAUGCUCCAGAAGAAUGGUCACAUCCCCAGCGACCCGACUCUGUUCAAAUCCUACGCAGAAUACGGACACUUCGUGGAUGUGCGCGUGGCUGCCUUAGCAGCCGUGGUGGACUACACCAGAGUUGAACGGAGCUCAGAGGAGUUACAGUGGCUCCUGAACAUGGUCCAAAUUGACCCCUCUCACUACGUCAGACACAAGAUCCUGAGCAUGCUGGGUAAGAACCCUCCCUUCACCAAGGCAACUGACUCCACCCUCUGCAACGAGGCCCUGGUCGACCAACUGUGGAAGCUCAUGAACUCCGGUACUUCUCAUGACUGGCGCCUGCGCUGCGAUGCGGUGAACCUGUACCACACCCUAUUUGGCCUGACGCGGCCCUCCUGCCUGCCCCUGCCCGAACUGGGCCUGGUGCUGAACCUCAAGGAGAAGAAGGCCGUCCUCAACCCAACCAUCAAGCCCGAGCAGGGGGGCGCAGCCCUGCCGGAGGUGCCUGGCAGUGCGGGGCUCCAUGGCCCGCCCCUGGCCUUCACCAGCAGCUUGGAUGAGGAGCACAUGGGGGUGGAGGUAUCCUCUGCUGGAGGCGGGGGCAGCGGUGUGGCUCUGCCCCCUUUGGGCCUAAAGCGCAAGGCGGACACCCCUCUGGGCUCGCCCCCUGAGCCGGGCCAGGUGCUGCACCCGGAGGAGGAGGUCAGCCGGGGACGACACAAGAUCAGAUUCAACACCAUGGAGGAGGAAGACAUAGACAUGGAGUCUGUUCACGACAGUCAGGCCUUCAUCCACCACCACCUCAACAUGCUGGAGAGACCCUCCACGCCAGGUAAGGAGCCCCCGUCGAUGGAGCAGGCCCUGCUGUCCAUGCCCGCCACGCCCCUGCCCACCUUUGCAAAGGAGGCUGCCCCCUCGUUGCCGCCAUCCUCCGCCAAGCACGCCGGCGACCACACCCACCACCACCACCACCACCACGAGCAUAAGAAGAAGAAGAAGAAGCACAAGCACAAACAUAAGCACAAGCACAAGCACGACAGCAGGGAAAAAGACAGAGAGCGCGAUGGGAGGGACCCCCAUACCUACAGCAACAGCCCAGCCAGUGGGCGUUCCAUGCGCUCUCCCUCCAUGUCCGACUGAGCCCCCGUGAUCAGGCGAGGCCGCAAAUGCUUGCAAACCUGUCUCCCGCUGAGACAGGUGCGUCUACAACAAACGUUUUUGUAUUUUUCGACUAUGUUCCUCGUUAGCUUAUAGAGGUGUGUUCCUGAAAUAUGACGGAAGAUUUAACAAGCCACAUUCUGUGGUGUCAUGGUGGUAGACCACAAAUGGUAUUCCCGACACACGCACCGGCUCACACACACAGAGACUCAUAAAGCUGGAGGCCUUGCUUGCUUGUCUGCUUCCCUGUCCUUCAGUACAGAGACCUUCAUGGCUAGACACACUCACAUUCUCCUUGGUUAGGCUGACUCAAUAACAACAUUUUUUACAUGGCUGCACAGGGACGUGUGUGCGUGCGUGUGUGUGUUAGGGACAAGGGAAACUCAGACCUGGUUGGGGCUGCGUGUGUAUGCUACCUGGUUGUUGUCUUUUCUGGUUUUUAUACUACCACUUGUCAUUACUUUUUAUAACACUCUGCUAAUUUAAUUGCAGGGUUACCUUAAGCCUACCAUUACAGUGAAGAGGGGAAUUUCCACCGGAAUUGUAGUUGUAAAUAAUAGAAGUUGGGAAAAACAUUUACGUUCUAGGUUUUCUAGAAACUUUUCUAAUUGUAGGAUUAUCAGAAUCUCAACCAAACUGAACAUGUAUUUCUGCAUAUUAUGCUUUAUGACAUGACAAUACUGUAGACCUGAAACUUGAGCCAUUCAAAGUAUUUUCCAUAAAUCUCAUCUGUUUUCUAUAAUAUUCAUAUUACCAGACAUGUUUUAACAUAAUUGGUUUUAUUGUCUAAUCAUUCUUCUGUUACUUCAACUGUUAUAUAACCACGUUGCCAUUGUAAUGUUAAAAUAAAGCAAUAGAGACAAAUGUGGAA